AUGGUUUUGGAGCACGGCAUUUCACUUGAUGGAGAAGAUGCAAUGCACUUCAAUUUUAUUGAUGACAUGAACCCCCGCCGGCUCUACCAAUUUCUUUGUCGUUUGGCCAGAACAAAACACGGCGGUGAAGCUUGUGAGAAUGGUGCUGAUCAGAAGAAGAAGGAGGAGUGUGCUUCUGUCAAAAUUGUUGAAAAAGGAAAAAAGAAUGGUGUGGUUAAUAAGAGUUCUGAAGAAGAUGCUAAAAAUAAGGAUAUUUUGAAAGAGGAAGCUUCUGAAGCCAUUGCUAGGUUUUUCUACGACAAUGCCAUACUGCCCAAGAUGGUAGAGAGUAAGGAGUUUAUUGCUAUGUGUGGUAUGAUUUCAAGACUCGGCGUUGGAUAUGAGCCACCGUCUAGCGUUGAGAUUAGUGAAAGAUGUUUGGCGAAAACAAAGUCGGCAGAUAAAGCUUUGGAAGAACACAGAGCUGUAUGGAAGACAAGAGGGUGCACGAUAAUGGUUGAUGCAUGGACUGACAAGAAUAAGCGAUCCAUACUAAACUUGUUUGCGAACAGUAUAAAGGGAGCAUCCUUUUUGAAGUCUAUUGAUGCAACUGAUAUGUUGGAAUCGGAGACGCCUUUCAAACUCUUUAAGAUGAUGGAUGACAUUGUUGAAGAGGUUGGAGAAGAAAAUGUUGCCCAAAUUGUGACGGACAAUACACCAUUCUAUAAAGCUGCUGGUGAGAUGUUGAUGGAAAAGAGGACUAAGUUGUAUUGGACACCUUGUGUAACACACUGCAUUGAGAUGAUAUUGGAAGACUACGAGAAGAAGAUUCCGAUAUAUGAAAAGACAAUUGCAAAGGGUAAAAGAAUUACAAACUUUAUUUAUUCGAGGAAUUCUAUGGUUUCUCUAUUGCAUAGGUUCACAAAAGGAAUGGAUUUAGUGAAGCCAAGUAUUACUCGCUGUGCCACGUCCUACUUAACUUUAGACUGUCUCUAUGAGAACAAGGUAGCUUUGAGAAAAAUGUUCAUAUCCAAGGAGUGGAGGUCCAGCCAGUUUGCAAAAACAAGUGUUGGACAAUCUGUUGAGGAUGUGGUUUUUGACAAAGAGUUUUGGAAAAAUAUUUUGAUUUGUUUAAAAGGUGCAGGUCCUUUGAUCGAAGUGCUUCGUUUGGUGAAUUCAAUCGAAGAACCAGCCACCGGUUUUAUUUAUGAGGCAAUGGAGCAAGCUAAAGAGGAAAUAAGAAGCCACCUUUUCAUUGAAAGUUUUAUGCUUCUGAAAAUCAUUGAUGAAAGAUGGGACCAACAACAUCUCAACCCUUUGCAUGCAGCAGCCUAUUUUCUCAAUCCUCAAUAUCACUAUUGUAUUGGACUUAGAGACGAUGAUAAUAUCAUUACGCGUAGUCUACAUCAGUGUAUAACCAGGAUGGUGGGCAGUCCAGAAGAAAGAGCCAAGAUUGAAAUUCAACUGGAUGAUUUUGAAAAACGGAUAAAUCUUUUGGGUGAUCCUCUUGCUGCAAUGAAAGCUAGUUACGAGACUCCAUCAGUUUGGUGGGCUGAUUUUGGAGGUGGACUACCAGAGCUCCAAAGUCUUGCGCUUCGUGUAUUAAGUUUGACAUGUAGUUCUUAUGGAUCUGAGAUUAAUCAGAGUGCUUUCAAGAUGGUAUGUGCCAAGAGAAGAAAUCUUUUGAGUCAAGAGGCUGGUAAUUCAAAAUUGGGUGAGAAGAGGCAAGAUAGAGGAUCAGUUGAGCUAAAUCUGAAUGAUGAUGGAGAUAUUGAAGGUUUAGAUGCAGACGACUUGGGUUAUGAUAUGAUUUCUGAUUUGCAUGGCGAAUAUGCUAAUGGAGAUGAAGAUCAAACAUAA